CGUGACUCGCAGAACAUCAAAUUUUACUCGAUCACAUUAUAAUUUAUUUAUAAUUUAUUUUCUUCAUGCGGAAAUAUAAAUGAAAACAAAAUAAACCAAUUGUUUUACCUACAAGUCUACAACCCUAAAACAUGGCAGACAGGUUAUACUUUGUAAGACUCCUUCGCAACUCUAUUUUGGGUUGUAUUGCUGACCUCGAAGGAAGUCCAGAUCGGGAUUUUUGCGUUUUUUGGUCAUAAGAAACUUAACGAACGAGUUUCCCAAUCUUGGCUACAAACGUAUUCCAGGAUUGCUGUUAGAAGAGGUUUGCGAAUUCAGCAGGAUAGGAUUCGUGAAAUGAUGCGAAGAGUUGAUCCACAGGGUACAUUGUUUCGUGCUUUGUCUCUUACAGCAGUGAACAGACGUAAGUAUCAUGUUACUAGCCCCUUGUCACUUUGGCAUGUUGAUGGCAAUCACAAAUUGAUUAGAUGGAGAUUUGUGACUCAUGCAGGAAUAGAUGGCUAUUCACGUUUGCUGGUAUUUAUUCGCUGUAGCACAAACAAUCGAGCUGAUACAGUUCUAAGACUAUUUCUAUCUGGUGUAUCUCAAUAUGGACUGCCAUCCAGAGUAAGAACUGAUAAAGGAGGGGAAAAUGUUGGUAUUGCUCAAUUUAUGUUAAACCACCAUUUACGAGGACCUGGUCGUGGCAGUCAUAUUACCGGAAGAAGUGUGCACAACCAACGGAUUGAGCGCUUUUGGCGAGAUCUUUUUGUUGGUUGUACAAGUCUUUUUUAUCAUUUAUUCUAUCAUAUGGAAAGUAAUGGAAUAUUGGAUCCAUCAAAUGAAGAACAUGUGUUUUCAUUGCAUUAUGUGUUUUGUCCAAUUAUUAACAGAAAUUUGGAAAUUUUCCAGGAAGGUUACAAUAGAUCUCCCAUAAGAACAGAAAGAAAUCUAUCACCUGAACAGCUAUGGAUCCAAGGAUCUUCCUUAGCCAAUAAUUCAAACGACCAUAUACAGCAGGUAAACCAAGAAUUUCCACCCACCUUUACACAAAACUACGCAUGUCAUGAAACAGAUCAGCAACAUGUGAUUGUUCCAGAAACCAACAUUCCAUUGAAUGAAAUAGAUCUUGAUGAGCUGCAAAGAACCAUUAAUCCUUUAAGGCCUUCUAAUCAUAAUGGUGCUGACAUAUACAUUGAGGUGCUUCAGUUUAUAAAUACCAGACUGCACCAGGAAGACGAGUGACAUUGUGAACUCACAAAACAAGAAAAGCUACUUGACCUAUUGUUCAUUGGUGUCAAUUCAGAUAAUACAAAAGAAGAUAUGUAUGGCAACGAAGGCUAUAAAUUUUGCAUUAUGUUGAUUAUUUCAACAUUUUAGCAGAAAAUGUUUUUUAGCACAUAAAUGCUGAUGCACUGACAUAACAAAAUUUAAUGAAACAUUAACAUAUUCACUUUAAGUCUUUAACUAUAAAAAUGAUAUCCAAA